UCCAUAAGGAGAGUUUAUCUUGAGUUGUUACUUGUAUUUAUAUGGCCUUAUUAUUGCACGUAUAAUAAUCAAAGGAAUCAAUUAUUUUUAUGAUAUCACAAGUUCCAACGUAAAAUGGCGACUUCAAGUGAUACAUCGGACCAGAAUGUUAAAUCAAGACGUCCUGCAGAAUCAGCGUUUAAACAGCAGCGACUGCCUGCUUGGCAACCCAUUUUAACAGCAGGCACUGUUCUCCCUACGUUUUUCGUAAUAGGUAUUGCAUUUAUACCUGUUGGCAUUGGUUUGCUCUAUUUCUCUGAUGAGGUAAAAGAACAUGUUAUAGACUAUACAUACUGUCUUAAGGAUGAUGAAAAUAUUACAUGCGCUGAAUAUAUAAGACAGAAUAAUAUGGAGGCUUGUACUUGUCAAAUUCCUUUUAAUUUAACUGAGGAUUUUAAAGGUGAUGUCUACUUUUAUUAUGGACUCAGUAACUACUACCAAAACCACCGGAGAUACGUAAAGUCAAGGGAUGAUAGUCAGCUGCUUGGACGCUUGUCGCUCACACCGUCAUCAGAUUGCGAGCCAUUUGCAUAUGCCGAAGAAGAUGGAAAGAUGAAACCUAUAGCACCAUGUGGUGCCAUCGCUAAUUCUCUCUUUAAUGAUACAUUGUUAGUACGAUCUCAGGAUUCAGAUAAAAAUGUACCAGUUCUAAGAACAGGUAUUGCAUGGACGUCGGAUAAAGAUAUCAAGUUUAGAAAUCCACCUGGAGACCUGAAGACUGCGUUUGCAAACUUCACAAAACCAAUCAACUGGCGCAAUCCGGUUUGGAUGUUGGAUCCAAAUAAUACCGAUAAUAAUGGUUUCCAGAAUGAAGACUUGAUUGUGUGGAUGCGUACUGCAGCUCUGCCAACCUUCCGCAAGCUGUACCGAAGAGUCGAUCAUUCGCAAGUCGGGUUCAGUACUGGACUUUUUAAAGGACCUUACAUUCUUAGAGUGGACUACAACUACCCCGUGACAGACUUCGAUGGAACGAAAACAUUUAUAAUAUCGACGACGUCGUUGCUCGGAGGCAAGAAUCCUUUCCUGGGCGUGGCGUACGUCGUGGUGGGCACGCUGUGCCUGCUGCUGGGCAUCGUGCUGCUCGUCAUACACGUGAGAUGCUCAAAGAGCACAACAGAGAUGAUCAACGUGAACCCACGCACUCCAUACUCUUAAAUUAUACCAGCUGAGGUAUUCUGUAAGAACUCACUUCAUUACUCAUUUGUGAAAUGUUGACAACCGACUUAUGGUGAUAUACUGUUUUGAUGCGUAAAUUCUUGAAAUUUUAUGAUUAUUAUGUUCAAUGUCGCAUAUCACUUUCUGAGAUUUCACGACCGUUUUCUGCGUGAGUUUUGAAUUUGUUCUUAUAGAAUAGCUGGGACAAAUGAAAAUCAUUAAAACAUAUAAACUUAACUCGACUCUAAAUUGUAAUUUUACUAUUUCCAUAUAUUAAAGACUUAUGUUUUAACUUA